AUGGAUUGGAACGGACAUGGUGCUGUUUUGAUAAAUAACAAAUUAAUAAUUCCACCAAAAACUUCAGAAUCUGUGGGGCUAAAUGAUGAUUCUAAUGAAUUAUUAAUGCUAGACAUGACAAGUUCAUUUGAUUCUGCAAGCUCUCCAUGGCAAAAUAUUACUCCCACAAAUGCGCCAAAUAUUUCUUUUCACGCUAUGUCGACAGGAGGUUCUAAAGUGGUUAUAUGGGGUGGUGAAACACCCGGUGAGCAACCUUCCAAUUCAUUAUUAUAUUUUGAUACAAUAACUCUUCAAAUGAAUAUACAAAAUUCUUCUUCGAAUCCUCCUGGAACAAUUGAAUCCUCAAUGGUUACUAGAAUCAAUGAUUCUGUGGCCUAUAUAUAUGGUGGAUACACCGGUUCAUCAGCAGAAGUACUGGGGGGCUCAACUCCUAGAUCCCCUUCUUUUUCUAAAAAUAUGUAUGCGUUGAAUAUAGAUAGUGGCAGCUUUUCUCUCCAAUCUAACACUAAUAAUGCACCACCACAAGGAUUAAUACAACAUUCGGCUACAAUUUUGAGUAAUGGAAAAAUUUACAUAAUCGGUGGCCUUAUUCCUGGUGCUAAUGGCGCUUUAUCUUCUAUGUCCAAAAUUUAUAUUUUUGACACCUUACAGAACACUUGGUCUCAGUUGAAUGCUACAAACCCAUCACCUCCAAAUCGAAGACUUCAUGGAGCUAUUGGAAGUAUGUCACCUGAUAACAAGAUUAUAAUAUUUGGUGGAGCAGAUUUAAAUUUUCUAAAAUAUAAUGAUAUUGCUGUAUUAGAUACAUUCAAUGAAAUAUUAUCUUGGUCUCUGCAAAACACAACCGGAACUCCACCCUCAGCUCGUUAUGCACAUACUUUUACUUUAGUAGGAAACAAUGCUAUUGUUGCAUUUG